GCGCUGUGACGGCAGCAGGCGAAGAAAAGCCGAGUAGAGAACCCGAGACGCAUCCGGACGCACUCACUCGAAUGGUAUUUUAUCUCCUGUCAUCGAAAGAUGUCAGUCACUGAGGACCUUCCAGACAUGGACGGAGCAGACCUCUUAGGGCUGCUGUUCCACGGUGGAGAGGAUGGAUCUACUGAGCCCUUUUUUCCUGAUGAGAACGGGCUCAUCGAAUCCUGGCUGUCUGAACAAGAUAUGCUGACAGGUGUGGACACUGAAGACUUCCUGUCCAGCUUGUUGGAUGGAGAGGACAACAUGGAGGCCAUCUGUCCCUCUCAUUCCCCCCUGGGCAGCGACAGCGGCAUUUCUGACGACAGCAGCACUGGGGCUGGAAACAACAAUCUCCUGGGAUGCCCGAGUCCUCAUGGCAGCGAUAGCGACGUCGUGCCCAGUCCCGGCUAUUCCCAGCCCAGCCCGGUGCACUCUGACCCUCCCCUGACCUGUGGGGAGCUGCAGACGGAGAGCCUCGAGGCCUUGACCGUGCAGGCAGAUCACAGCUACUCGCUGCUGCAGAGCGGUGGGGGCGAUAUGGACAUGCUGCAGAGUGUGAGAGCAGAGAAGCUCGAUACCGACGUCUUCAUUGAUCUGGAUGACCUGGUGACUGAGGAAAUGGAGGAGGACGACAUCACCAGUGAGCUGCCCUGCACUUUGGCCAUAGAGGACUUGACAGAAGAUUCAGCACAGCCCAACAAAAUGGACCAGUUCCAGUUCAAAGAGAUCGUUCUCACUGAGGAGGAGAAGCGGCUUUUGACAAAAGAGGGAGUAACCAUCCCCACGCACAUGCCUCUCACAAAGGCGGAGGAGAGGACUUUGAAAAGGGUCAGAAGGAAGAUCCGCAACAAGCAGUCCGCUCAGGAGAGCCGCAAGAAGAAGAAGGUGUACGUCGACGGAUUGGAAAACAGGGUUGCCAUCUGCACUGCACACAAUCUGGACCUACAGAAGAAAGUCCAGAUGCUUCAGAAACAGAACAUGUCUUUGAUAGAGCAACUGAGGAAACUGCAGUCUAUAGUGAAGAUGUCGACCAUGAAGGCCAGCACCACCAGCACCUGUGUUAUGGUGUUCCUGCUGUCUUUCUGUCUCAUCAUCUUCCCGUCAGUCAAUCCAUUUGGUAGAAAAUCUGACCAGAAGGAACUCUACACGCCCUCAUCCGUCGUCUCCCGGACCUUGCGCUCGCUGCCAGACAGCACAGACGCCGUAUCCUACCAGGAGAACGAGGAGCCGGAGCUUCUCUUAGUGUCCCAAGUAGAGGUGGAGAACGUUAAAAGCAUGUUCGCGGGCGGCCAGAACAACCACACCCCCGACUACCAAAGGGUGGAGCAACCCGACUCGGAAUCCGGCAUCAACAGCAACUCUUCGGCAGACUUCCCCAGUCCUGCUCAGGCGGCGGAGAUGCCGUCGGCCGGCGGCGUCGGGGCGUUACCGGAAGGAUCCAUGGAUGCUGUAGUGGCAUCCGCUGUGGCGUACGAGGUCACGGGAUCCAAGGAAAACUGGAUAGACCGGAACCCCCCCUCUGUAAUAUUACAGCAGCACCGCUCUGAUGAGAUGUAGUAGGGACGUGUUGAUCGUUUUAACCAGCAGAGGGAGCCAAAUUCUUUAUGUUUUAGGUACAAGAGGGAAGCUUAAACUUGAAAAAGGAGGAAGGGAAAAAUACCAUCACUUAUCCAUAUAUAGUAUCAUCCUGUUUGUCCCUGCUUUUUCCCCUUUAGCAGCUUUCUGCCGUUCUGCAGUAACUUUAUUUGCACUUUGUUCCGUUUUCCUUGCUUCAGAGGGCAAAAAGAGAGAUUUAUUUCAGCAGUAUACACAACUUAAAGGACAAGAUAAUGCAGCUAUGAGCCAUUCUGGUAGAUUCAUCAUAGCAGCUGGACUUGCUUGAGUUCCUUGAAGACGUUUCAUCCAAGAGGCUUCAUCAGUUCUGACUGACCA